AUGGCUACAGGCACGGGGAGAUACCUCCGUUAUAUACUAUUUGCCAUAUUUGGCAUUGCAAUUCUCUACUUUAUUUCCACCUCAUCAUUACCCUCCUAUGCGCAACCUCUCACGUCGGGUGGGACAUUUCCUUGGGAACAAGUCCACACCGAGAAGACCAAUUCCAAUCCUAAUGAAAUAUCCGAUACGUUCUCCUCGACCCAGCCUUCCUCCAGUCCUCCAGACACCACGCCGUUGGAAUCCAUAACCCCGAAUAACCUUCCUGUGGUCCCUUCCGAACUUUCACCUUCGGCAUCUGGUGAACGUGUCAAUGCUACCUUUGUGACCUUGGCCAGAAAUACGGACAUCUGGGAAAUUGCCCGUUCCAUCCGACAAGUCGAGGACCGAUUCAACAGAAACUAUAACUAUGAUUGGGUUUUCCUGAAUGACAAGCCAUUUGAUGAGCAAUUCAAAAAGAUCACCACUUCACUUGUCUCGGGCAAGACUCAUUAUGGACAGAUCCCCACCGAAAAUUGGUCAUUUCCUCCUUGGAUCGAUCAGAAGAAGGCCGAGGCUGUUCGAGAAGACAUGCGUCGGAGAAAGAUCAUUUAUGGUGAUUCGAUCAGCUAUCGACACAUGUGUCGGUUUGAGUCAGGCUUCUUCUUCCGACAUCCUCUGUUGAACCAAUUCGAGUAUUACUGGCGAGUUGAACCAAGCAUCGAGCUUUUCUGUGAUAUUCAUUACGACCCUUUCCGCUAUAUGAAGGAGAACAAGAAGAAGUACAGUUUUGUCCUCAGCUUGUACGAAUACGUCGAAACGAUUCCGACCUUGUGGGAGAGCACCAAAAAGUUUAUCAAGGCACAUCCGGAGCAUAUUUCCCCCGACAAUUCUAUGUCGUUUUUGAGUGAUGACGGGGGCGAUACGUACAACAAGUGUCAUUUCUGGUCAAACUUUGAAAUCGGUAACCUCGACUGGCUCCGGUCGAAGCCUUACAUCGACUUUUUUGAAUCUCUCGACAAGGACGGUGGCUUCUUUUACGAACGAUGGGGUGAUGCUCCUGUCCACUCGAUCGCUGCGGGCCUACUCCUCCGAAGAGAAGAAAUCCACUUCUUCAACGAUAUCGCAUAUUAUCAUGUCCCAUUCACCCAUUGUCCGACAGGAGACGACCUUCGCCUUAAACUCCGUUGCCAUUGCAACCCCGCUGACAACUUUGACUGGAAAGGUUACAGCUGCACAUCUCGAUUCUUUGAUUUGAACAAAAUAGCCAAGCCCGAGGGUUGGAUGGAUCAAGUAUGA